AUGGCUUCCCGUAUCUUUGCCCGUUCCAUGGCCUCUGCUGCCAAAUCUGUCAAGCCCCCAAUUCAGUUGUUCGGUGUAGAUGGCACUUACGCUAACGCCCUCUACCUGGCCUCCGUCAAGGACUCUUCAGUCGGUGCUUCUUUCGAGGGUUUGACCAAGAUCUCCAACUUGAUCAAGGAGGACGAGAAGGUCAACGAGUUUUUGACCAACCCAGCUUUGUCCAAGGCUGACCGUAAGACCGUCAUUGACACUCUUGCCUCUGGCUUGAAGUUGGACUCCACCGUGACCAACUUCUUGUUCGUAUUGAGCGAGAACAACCGUUUGGGUGAGUUCAACGGAAUCUACAAGAACUUCGGCUUGUUGUUCGAUGCCCACCAAGGUGUUGUGGACGCCACCAUUACUUCUGCCAAGCCAUUGGACUCCAAGAUCUUGAAGAGAUUGCAGACUGCUAUCCAGAAGUCCAGCUUUGUGGGCGACAACAAGACCUUGAAGAUCUCCAACACCGUCAACCCAGACCUUUUGGGUGGCUUGGUUGUUGAGGUUGGUGACAAGACUGUUGACUUGUCUGUCAGUGCUCGUAUGGCCAAGUUGAACCUGGUCUUGAGCGAGGCCGUUUAG